GGAGAGAGAGCUUCCUCCUUACACCCGCGGCUUAUAUACAAAAUGUGACCAAUCAGGAGCAAGCUAGAGUCCAUGCAUCAGGCACACCAAUCCGGUCUCUGUUCACGUGAAGGGCACGCGUCCUUCGACCAAUCAGGUGAGGUGUCACGCAGCAGGCAGGCAGGCAGGCAGACUCACUGUGGGGGUCCUGGCGCCAUCUUGUUGUUUACCGCGACCUCGAUCCCUCCGCCUCCGGAAAGCCCCGCCCAUUGGAAAGUCCCUGGUCAAAACCGAAAGUAAAAACCUCCGCCUAGCAAUGCCACCGCGGACUAUUCCCCGACAGGUAUGGCGCAGUCACACGGAUGGGUGAAAAGAUACUUCAAGGCCUUUUGCAAAGGCUUCUUCGUGGCAGUGCCUGUGGCAGUGACUUUCUUGGAUCAAGUUGCCUGUGUGGCAAGAGUGGAAGGCGCAUCAAUGCAGCCUUCUUUGAACCCUGGGGGAAGCCAGUCAUCUGAUGUGGUACUUUUGAACCACUGGAAAGUGAGGAAUUUUGAAGUACAACGCGGCGACAUUGUAUCAUUGGUGUCUCCUAAAAACCCAGAACAGAAAAUCAUUAAGAGAGUGAUUGCUCUUGAAGGAGAUAUUAUAAGAACCAUGGGACAUAAAAACCGAUAUGUCAGAGUUCCCCGUGGCCACAUCUGGGUUGAAGGUGAUCAUCAUGGACACAGUUUUGACAGUAAUUCUUUUGGGCCGGUUUCCCUGGGACUUCUGCAUGCCCAUGCUACACAUAUCCUGUGGCCUCCAGAGCGCUGGCAGAAAUUGGAAUCUGUUCUUCCUCCAGAGCGCUUGCCAGUUCAGAGUGAGGAUGAGUCACCACCUGGAUCUGCUUGAGCUGGUGUUGGGGGGCCGAGAGAGAAAAGGAAGCUCCUGGGAAAAGCCUCCACCGCUAGCAUGCUGCGUGGCGAACAUUUGUCUCACAUCACAGUGAUCUGUGUGAUUAUCGUUUUAAAUAUUAAAUGGUUCCUGGUGUUCUGUUAAACUUUAACACUUCUUUAAUGCCAAAAAAAUUCAGACCUUUGGGAAUCAGAAACUGUUGUACCAUGUCUUACAGGGGAUAAACGCGUUAGUUCUUAUACAUACAGAUUCCAUUGAUUGUUGGGUUUUGGUGCUUGCUGCUGGCAGAAUUUGAAAAUUCAUAUUCAAUAAAAAUAAUUUGCGACUGUUAAAUACAACUUAGAUAAAUGCAUAUUAUACAGAAGAUGUAAUCGACAGCAGCGACAAUGCAGUACUGUAGGUACAGAGUACAGUGAUGUUAUAAUAAAACAAUGGCUUGUUCA